UGAAAAAAGACUCAAUUCGAACUUUUUACGAGAUUAGGAAAGCCGCAGUAAACGAUCAGUUGGAAUUUUUAUCUGGAGCUCUCAAGUCAGGCCAAACAGGACUGAAAAUCUCUGAAUAAAAAUUCACUAUCCAAAUUCCAAAUUAACACCUUAAGUUUUCCCGUUUCUUAAUCCGUGAAGCCUAGGUCAGUUGAAAAAUAAACCCCUUCUCUAAAGCAACAUUAUGUGCGGUUAUGGGUGCGGUCCCUAUGGCUACGGACCCUCUGGUCCUUGCGGACCAUGGUGCGGACCCUGGUGUGGUCCUUGCGCCCUCUCACUAGGACCCUACUCCUGCUGCGGCGGACCCAGGGGAUGCGGACCGAGCGGACCAGCCUGUUGGCCGUAUGGCUUGUACACCUGCUAAGCUUCAGAAGGAUGUCAGAAACGUGUGAGCCAUUCCCCAAGAAAUGUAAUACAACUUGGACCAUGGCAAUUACAUUGGAUAAAAUCAAAAUAAUAAAAAGUUCCUGUUGUUCUUAUUAAAU